GUUGCCUCAAGCCUACAUCUAGGUGCCUAUUUAUCCAGGUUACAAAUCCAAGUCUAAUAUAAACAUGCUUUGCCUCUUCUGCUCUUCAAGGCAUCAUUACGUACUUGAAAUGCAACUUUCUCCUAGCAAUAAUUACGCCGAGAAAGGAAGAUUUCUCUUUGAAAAAAAAAAAUGAAUAAAAAGCAUCUUCCGUUCUAUCCAUUACCCGCUAGUUUUCAUUUCCCCAUUCUGCCAACGCCGCGGCUGGGCUUGCAGGAAUCGGCGGCUGAAUGAAAACACCACGAAUAAACAUGCUAGAAUCCUUUAUAGUACUCUCCCCUAUUAUCCAUGAACUCCAACCAUAAUAUUCUAAGAAGCUCCGGCAGUUACCAAUAGUAUAUUACUCCACGUUAUAAGAAUGGUGGAUUAUUGAUGCGAACAACAUGUCCCCUCUAUUCGCUCUAUUGACGUAUUAUUAACACCUUAGUUUGUAAACGUCUAACGACUACCUAUUAACUAUGAUAGCUAUCAUCGUACUAUUCUCACUACUUCUGCCAAUAGCAGCGGGUAUAGACCCAGGCAGUCAAGAAGCUCGGAAACGCCCGAUCAUUCUAAGUAAAUCCGGCGGUUUUGUAGCUGGAGGCAAUAUCGUCAAAAGCCCCGUCUUCCCUAAUUUUACUCUCUCGUGCGAUCAUGGAUACAUGGAAUACUUCAUUCCCUGGAGGCCGCGAAGUACAAGCAUUGUUAUGUGGCAUAGCGCAACCACGCAAGCGUUUCAAAAUCGCUGGGACGGUGGCGAGGGCUAUAAAGACAUGUUCCUACGUCGUCGCUAUCCCGUUUAUCUCUGGGAUGGCCCUCGGGUUGGACGGGCCAACUGGGCGUGCGAACCAUAUCUCUACACGCCCUUUUACACAGACCAAGGCAAUUUUGUAGCUUGGAAUUUUGGACCCUCGUAUCCAAAUUUCUGGCCGGAUGUGCAGUUUCCUACUCGAGAUCGUGAAGCGUGGCAACAAGCGACUAGCGCCCGUUAUGUGGAGUUCGACACCAACAAGAACGUACAUCUUGAGUCUCAAGCAGCCGCUAUCGCAGCAGACUCGGGUCGGCUUGGAGAUAGCGUUGUGUAUCUAACCAACUCGGCGUCCGGUCUACGUGCCCAACUAACGGCUAUCAAGAGCAACUCAACAAAUAUCAAGGCCAUCGUAGCCUACGAGUCCUACGGUUGCGUGUUCCCGGACACAUACAAUAUCACCGCUGGGGAGCCAUUUGGUCCUCUAAAAGUGCCUCUUGAAGACUUUAAAAAGUUAGCCAAGCUCAAGGCCAUCCAAUUCGUGUGGGGAGAUCACAGAGAAGAAAGCUUCCCAUUUCUUCGACAAGCAAGACAAGUAGUAAAGCUCAUCAAUAUGUAUGGUGGGAAUGCGGAAAUAUUCUUCCUAAACAAAGACGGGGGGCUCAAGGGAAAUACACAUUCCGCAUUUGCAGAUAUGAACAAUGACGAGGUUGCCGGGCUUUUAGACGAAUUUCUUGAGCAGAACGAUUUAGACGGAUACGAUAGGGAUACGGAUGAUAGCAUCGACGAUUUAAACCAAGAGUGGCUAAAUAAUGAUUUCAACUAACUGCCUACCGAGUUAGAUUUCGAGGACAAUUGAUAUGGGAAAUUCCUAGGCGUAGGCAAAUUUAAGCGGUU